AAUAAAAAUAGCAUAAUCAGUUGAGACCUAUAGAAGUUUCGGAAACAUACAGGGUGGCCGCGCUCACAAUCUCGUCUUUCUUUUCUUCACUUUGUGAGCAAAAACGAGAAAGGAGAAAUUGAAGUGAGAGAAGACAAGGAACCCUAAUUCCCAUCCCUUCCAUACCGAAAUUUGGAGGGAAACUUAUUGCAAUUUCAUAAGGCUACAAUGGGUUAUGCACAGCUUGUUAUAGGUCCAGCUGGUAGUGGCAAGUCUACAUAUUGCUCAAGUUUGUACCAACACUGUGUAACUGUACGGCGAUCAAUACAUGUUGUGAACCUUGAUCCUGCUGCUGAAAAUUUUGACUAUCCAGUUGCGAUGGAUGUAAGGGAACUUAUUUCCCUGGACGAUGUUAUGGAGGAGCUUGGAUUAGGUCCUAAUGGUGGUCUUGUAUACUGCAUGGAACACCUUGAAGAUAACCUAGAUGAUUGGCUUGAUGAAGAGCUGGACAAUUAUUUAGAUGACGAGUACUUGGUUUUUGAUUGUCCUGGUCAGAUAGAACUUUAUUCACAUGUGCCAGUAUUUCGAAAUUUUGUUGAACAUUUGAAACGGAGAAAUUUUAAUGUCUGUGUUGUGUACUUACUUGAUUCACAGUUCAUGACAGAUGUGACCAAAUUUAUAAGUGGAUGCAUGUCCUCCCUUUCUGCAAUGGUUCAACUUGAACUACCUCAUGUUAAUAUCCUCUCAAAAAUGGACCUUGUGACUAACAAAAAGGAUCUUGAAGAAUACUUGGAUCCAGAACCCACCUUUUUACUGUCUGAAUUGAAUCAACGGAUGGCUCCUAAGUAUGCAAAGUUGAACAAGUCUUUGAUUGAACUGGUGAGUAAUUUUAGCAUGGUGAGUUUUAUACCACUGGACUUGAGGAAGGAAAAAAGUAUACAAUAUGUAUUGGGUCAAAUCGACAACUGCAUUCAGUAUGGAGAAGAUGCAGAUGUGAAGAUUAGGGAUUUUGACCCAGAGGAUGAUGAGUAGCUUCCCUUUUGCCGCAAUGCUUGGCAUGAUGAAUAUUUCAGUCUUCACAAUGACUUAAUGGUUAUCAAGCAAGCACAAAUUGUUAAUAAUAUACUAAUAGUUUUUUAUUAGAAUGUUUAAUGUGAAUGAGACCUUGAUUUAUUAAAUUUAACCUCCUAACAGAGAUUAAUUGUGAACCUCGCAUGGUUAAGAUAACAACAACGUAUUUAAAGUUCAUAGCUUUGGCUACUAAUUAAUGAUGGUAUUCUAAA